AUGACGGAGCCGGAAAAAUCGUUCGUCAUGUCGCACACAGUGCACAACGCCGUGCAGCUCUCCCGCCACUUUGGAAACAUCGAAAAGCAUUUCGACAUUCCGUGGUAAUUGUUUGUUCGGCUUUUUUUCUGAAAAAUUGACAAUGUUUACAGGAAGGUUGGAGUGGCACAACAGGGCGACAGCAUCGCGUUUUACCUGAAUUGUCCGCUCGAAAAUCCGUCGAAUAUGUGGAACGUGAUCGCGACGUUCAAGUUCAAACUGAAAUCGAAAGCCGGCGAGGAGCUGGUGAUCGGCAACGACUUGCCGUGCAAAUUCAGAAAAGGCGGCGAGAGUUGGGGAGACAGAGACGGAGUCAAGUGGCCAAGACUCGUCGAGGAGUUCAUCGUCGACAAUCAGCUGACGUUCGAGUGCCACGUCACCAUCAAGAACAUCGUGGGAAUUAGUCGAAAGCGGAAAAUGGAAUGGGAGGCGCCGGAGGAGAGAAUGACCGAUGUGGUGAUGGUUGUGGGCAAGGAGAAGACCAAAUUCCAUGUGCAGAAAGGGGUUCGUAACAUAACGUUUUUUUUUUUUAAUUGAAAGCAAAAUGUUGUUCAGAUGCUCGCCAACUUCUCGCCCGUGUUCAAAGCAAUGUUCACGAAUCCGCAGUACGGAGAGUUCAGUGCCAAUGAGAUUGUUCUCGAAGACGUCGAGUCGGAUUCUUUCGAAAUUCUGCUCAACUAUCUUCAUCGAUGCGACACUGACAUCACAGGUACUUAACACACAAGUUUCCACGUGUCUAAAAACGGUAAAUUGCAAAGUUUUUGGUUUAGAACAUGAUUUUUCCAAUUAGCGCGAUUGCAUCUAGAGUUUGUCCAUUCAUUUUUCUUCAAACUCGGCCCGAGGUUAUGGGGUUAUAUUCAGGCUGUGAAAAAAUGAUUGUUUUCCGCUUUUUUCGUUCGUUUUUUUACGUCAAAAAAUCCAAUUCAGCGAUGUAAAAAACGAAAAAAAAACGGAAAACAAACACGCUGAAUAUCCCCAUUUUUGCAGUAUAAAAUGCCCGCAUAAUAACAAGAACAUGUUUGUUUCAGACGAAAACAUUGGCGGACUUCUGGAACUUGCCGAUCGGUUCGAUGUGAGUGUGAUGUACAAGAAGUGCGAGAAGUACCUGAUGAAAAAGUCGAGUAUCGAAAUCGAAAAGUUAUUGGAUCUGGCGGAAUCGUACCAGCUCGUCGAUCUUCACGGUCACUGCCUGGAAUCGUUGAGAACGGCGAGACAGAUCGCCGAUGUCUGCCAUAAUGUCGACGAAAUGGGCGAGCACACUUCGAAGGCGCUUCUCAAAAAGAUGUCCGCCAUUGUGAAGAGAUCGAGAACUAGCAUCUAA